GCUAUUACUAUUCACCAUAUGAAUACGAGGGUUUGCUCUAAAACUCUGAAACCAAAACAAAAUCUGGAAAUGAGUAGUGGGUGAACCAAAUUGCAGAAUAGCUUGAGCUUUGAACCCUAAUAAUCGAAGAAAUAAUGGGUAAAAAGGAGAGGGCGCAAGAGAGAAGAGAGCAGAGACGCCAAGAGAUCUCUCUUCUCCGUACUAUUCCUUAUUCUGAUCAACAAAGAUGGUGGUCAAAUGAAACUAUGGCUGUCGUGACUGGUUCAAACAGAGGAAUUGGUUUUGAAAUUGCUCACCAACUGGCAUCACAUGGCUUAACAGUAGUUCUUACAUCACGAGAGACUCGUGUUGGUGAAGAAGCAACAAAAAUCAUGCAAGAAAAAGGUUUGAAUGUGGUAUUUCAUCAAUUGGAUAUUGUGGACCCUGCAUCAAUUGAAACAUUUUCUGACUGGAUAAAGGAAAACUAUGAUGGUUUAGAUAUACUGAUCAAUAAUGCAGGAGUCAAUUUCAAUUUCGGCACAGAUAAUUCAGUGGAAUAUGCAGAAACUGUUAUCCGGACCAACUACUUCGGCACCAAAAGUAUGAUUAAAGCUAUGAUUCCAUUAAUGAAGCCUUCUCCUUUUGGCGCUCGUAUUGUUAAUGUGACCUCACGACUGGGAAGACUUAACGGCAGACGGAAUAGAAUUGCAAAUGUCAGCUUGAGACAACAACUGGAGGAUAACGAUUCCCUAUCAGAGGAACUGAUUGAUAGUACUGUGAACUCAUUUUUGGAACAAGUAAAAAAUGGAACAUGGGAAUCUGCGGGAUGGCCACAAGUAUUCACAGACUACUCAUUGUCAAAGCUUGCUGCUAAUGCUUACACCAGGCUAAUGGCGAGGAUACUUUCUGACCAGCCAGAGGGCCAUAAGAUAUAUAUGAAUUGCUAUUGCCCAGGUUGGGUGAAGACGGCCAUGACCGAUUGGGCUGGGCAUACAUCUCCCGAAGUUGCUGCUGAUACUGCAGUCUGGCUUGCUCUUAUCUCAGACCAGUUUGUGAGUGGUAAGUUUUUUGCUGAGAGGCGUGAAAUAAACUUCUAAAGUGGG